AUGGCUAUGCAUGUACCGAAAGCUCCAGGUCUUAUGUCUAUGUUGAAAGACGGUGCAAGGUAUUUUGAAGGUCUAGAAGAGGCGGUAUUCAGAAAUAUCGAGGCGUGUCUAGCAUUAUCUAAAACAACCCGUACAACUCUGGGUCCUGCUGGACAAAAUAAAAUUGUUAUCAACCAUAUUGGCAAACAAUUCAUCACAAAUGACGCGGCCACCAUUCUGAAAGAGUUGGAGGUUGCACAUCCUGCUGCUAAACUUCUUGUUAUGGCAUCUCAGCAACAAGAACAAGAAGCGGGUGAUGGCACAAAUAUUGUUUUUCAGCUGGCUGGGUCGUUGCUUGAACAGGCUCGUGAUCUGCUUCGAAUGGGACUUUCCGUCGCCCAAGUCACCGAAGGGUAUGAACUGGGGAGAGAAAAAGCAAUGGAAAUUUUAGAUGACUUGGUCGUGGAAAGCGUAUCGGAUCUGAGAAAUCAUGAUUCUGUGAGGAGAGUUAUCAAGACCUCAAUAAUGAGUAAACAAGUUGAAUUGGCUGAUUUCUUGUCGGAUUUGAUCACAAAAGCAUGCAUUUCCAUUCUCCCUCAAAAGUCUCACUUUAACGUCGACAACGUCAGGGUCCUAAAGGUUUUGGGUGCCGGUGUUAGUAGCUCUAAAAUUGUCCGUGGAAUGGUGUUUCGACGGGAGACAGAGGGCGAAGUCAAAGAAGCAAAGGAUUGCAAAAUUGCAAUCUUCUCUUGUCCCAUCGACACCUUACAGACCGAAACAAAGGGAACGGUAUUGUUGACUACUGCUGACGAGUUGACACAAUUCAGCAAGGGCGAGGAAAAUUUGAUGGAGAAGCAUAUGCGAGCCAUUGCGGACGCCGGCGUUCGUGUCGUCGUCAGUGGAGGUAAAGUGGGUGAACUAGCGUUGCAUUAUGCCAACAAGUUGGGUCUAAUGGUGGUUCGAUUAAGUAGCAAGUUCGAUAUCCGUCGACUUUGCCAAGCCACUGGGGCCGUUGCUUUACCGCGUUUAACUACACCCUCUCCUGAAGAAUUGGGUCACGUGGCACACGUACGCACUGAUGAAGUCGCGGAUGCAAGCGUAGUCAUUUUUGAACAAGGCUCUGUUGUCACUAUAUUAGUGCGCGGAAGCACAGAAAACAUAAUGGAUGACGUCGAGCGUGCUAUCGACGACGGAGUCAACACAUUCAAAUGUCUGACUCGUAGUCCCAAACUGGUCGCUGGAGCCGGUGCAACGGAAAUCGAGUUGGCCCGUCGUUUACUAGCAUAUGCUGACACGCUAACAGGAUUGGAACAAUAUAGCGUUCGUGAAUUCGCUCGUGCGUUUGAAGUUGUUGUCCGUGCUUUAGCCGAAAAUGCCGGAGAAAAGGCGACUGAAAUCAUCGCGAUGCUGUACGCCAAGCACCUGAGUGGUCAAGUGCAUACUGGGCUGAUUACAAAGCCAGGAGGAGAAGUUGAGGUGAACGAUGCUGUAAAAUUCGAGAUAUUGGAUAUUCAUAUGGUCAAACGGUGGGCCAUUCGAUUUGCUACUGAUGCGGCUUGCACAGUGUUGCGUGUGGAUCAGAUAAUCAUGGCUCGCCCGGCUGGCGGCCCGAAACCGCGUCAACCUGGAGCACCUGAUGAGGAUUAA